AUGUACCAAGCUACAGCAACCUUGUGUCUAUCCCGCCCGGCGGCUCAAGCCAGGGCCCAAAUCCCAAACUACAGUACAGUCCUACUGACGCUUGUGUGGCCAGGCACCUCGCCCCAUCGCUGGCGGAAAUCCUCGCUGGACGAGGCCAAGGGCAAGGAACAGUGGCAAGGCGACCCUGACGCCGCGCUGCACAGCGACGACAAUGAUAAUGAUGCCGCCGUGACCGUGUCUGCCUACAGCGACGACGAGGGCACCGGGUCGUUGGACCUGGGCGGCGAGGAUUCCGCGUCGUCGGCCUCGCCCGAGGUGGAAAUCAACUUCGUCAAGGCGGUCAGCCUGUCAUCCCUCAUCCAUCCCACCCACGAACCAUGCUCGCCGCCCAUGCCGAUGCAAGAAGAUGGCGCGUCGUCCGAGUCGCUGCUGAACCUGAUCGAGGCCCAGAGUCUGCUGAUGGAGGCGUGUCAUGUGUUGGGUUUGUCGAUCCAGGGGUUUCAACAUUUAACCGACUCGUACUUUGACAACAUGACGGCUUUUUCCCUGUUCCAUCGGCCGUCGUUUGCCCAGAAGGUCCAGAACAUCAAGGACCCGCUCCACCUACAGGCCUUGUUCGCCGCCAUGUUCGCCUACUCGGCCAAGUUCGAGCCCGCGACCCCGGUGGACGGAGAUGCUGUAGAUGGGGACGGGGACGGGGAUGGGGAGGUGCGGCCCGCGACGUCGCCAGCCAUGUCUCGGUUUCACCAGCUGGCCCUGGACCUGAUCGAACAAGCGCUCAAAGAGAUCCCCGACCAAGCGCCGGCGUUGUGCCUGCUGCAGGCGCUGACGGUCAUCACCUUCUGCGAGCUGACCAACGGGGUGCGGGCGCGGGCGUGGCGGCUGCUGGGGUCCUGCGUGCGGCUGGCGUACGAGCUGCACAUGCACCUGAUCGACUACGAGGCACGCAAGGAGGACGUCAAGAUCGGGCGCGACCUGGCGCGCUGGACGGCGGACGAGGAACGCCGGCGCUGCUGGUGGGCCAUCUGGGAGAUGGACAGCUACGCCAGCACCAUCCGCCGGUGUCCGACCGCGAUCGACUGGUCCAUGAUCGACACCUACCUCCCCGUGGCCGACGAGCUGUGGUUCAACAACCAGUACCACCCGAGCUGCUUCCUCGAGCCGGAGCCGGGCAACCGCUGGAAGAUGCUGGCCAAGCACGGCAACACCAACCCCAACGCCUGGCUGGUUGUGAUUAGUUCCAUCAUGCGCAACGCCCAGGUGCUGCUGCGCGGCAAUCUGCAGGGCGUGCUGCUCAACCUGGACCCGCACGACAACUCGGAGCAGCUGCUGCACUACUUCCGCAACUCGUUCCGCCGCAAGACAACCCACGAGGACUCGACCAAGCUGACCACGUUGAUGCACGCCCUGCAGAGCGUCAUCAUCAAACUGCCCGACGAGCUGGUCUACCGCGGCGAGUACCUCGACUUUGGCUCCGACCCGACCGGCCGCGUGGUCGACGUCGAGCGGAAACGUCUGCAUGCCGCCAAGUACAGCAUCUACCUCACCAUCCAGCUGGCCCGCUUCAUGAUCUACCACCAUUAUGCCUUUGGCGAGAUCGUCUCGGGCACCAUCUUCUCCGACAAGCCCAGGGCCAAACCCAAACCCAAACCAGGCCAGUCCAAGUCAGGCGAGCCACACCCGCACCCGCAGCCGUCUCCCUCGGCCUCCGCCUCCGCCACCGCCUCGGCCUCGUCGUCAGAUCGAGAACCGUCCGACAACGCCCAGGGCCUGCGCAACUGUCUGCAGGCGGCCGACGACAUCUGCGCCCUGACCGAGAGAUGUUCGCGAGAUCACGUCAAGCACGUCACCCCGUUCCUCGCCAGUACCGUCUGGUUGGCCGCGUCGCUGCAAGUCCUGCGCAAGACCUUUGCCGCCCACAACGAAGACGUGCACGAGGCCAGCGCACGCUGUGAGACCCUGCGCGCCACCUGCAGCCGCUUUUCCAUCUUUUGGAACACCCCGCUGGCCCUGUUGGACAAUCUGGACUCGCUGGAGGCCCGGCUCUGUCACAAACGCGACUCGUUUCUGGCCACGGCCGCCGCUGCCAACAAGCCUCGCCCGGCUCACGCGAGUACCAGUACCAAUCCGGGUACGAGUGCGAGUCAGUUCCGCCGGCCCAUGCGGAGGCAGAGUUCCCAUACCCAUUCCAUGGUGGAACGGACCAAACCACCGCACAAGCCGCCGGCCGAUGUCGACCUAGGUAGUCCGGUCAUGACGAUGACCCACGAUCAGCAGCAGCAGCAGCAGCAACAACAACAGCAGCAACAUCAACACCAACACCAACAUCAAUAUGAACAACAGCAGCACCAAAAUCAGCAGCUACACCCACACCAACACCCAUAUGAACAUCAAUACCAACCUCAACACCAAUAUGAACACCAACAACACCAACAACAACACCACCAGCAACAACAGCCUUGGGACCUCCAGAGCCCCGGCACCGGCACCAAUGUCGAGACCGAGGCAGUGGCUUCGCUUUCGACUGAAACUGGCCCAUUCUCCCUGGAGAGGUCCACCACCAGGUCCACGUCCACGUCCACUUUCAACCCUCAGCUCCGGCCGGGUUCCCCUAUGAGCCAGAUAUCGAAGCACGACGGCGGCAACCACACCAACGUCAACAUUUCCAGCCACAUCAAUUUAGACUAUUAUCAGCCUCAGCCUCAUCCGGGCCAUCCCAACCACCUGAUGGCCGGCCCGCACGCACCUCACAUGGGCACCGAACCGGAGCUGGACAGUGUGUUUUCACAGUAUCUUCUGGAUGUGUUUUCAGAGCAAUUCUAG